AUGUCCACAGAGCUUAACAGAUUUAUUAGCGACAAUUGUCUCAGGUUUUUCGGACUUGCAGACAAAACUACCACUGACUUCGUCGCCGCUUCCGCAUCGUCAGCGAAGUCGCCAGAUGCGCUCUUUGGAUUCUUGUCCGCAAGUGGUCUACCCAACACUUCCGAGGCUCAUACCUUCAUAAAUGAACUCUUCGUCCGCAUCCCUCGAAAAUCGAAGCACAAAGGAAAAGCUGGUGGUGUAGAUGAAGCUGCAAGGAAACAGGCGGAACGGGAGGCUAGAGAGUUGAGCGCGCGGAAAUAUGGGUUUCUCGCGGAAGAGGAGAAGGAGAAAUCAGUCGUCGUUGAGGUCAGAGAGAAAUCUGCGGGAGGCGAAGGAGGCACAUCAUCGAGAGAAAAGCGAGGGAGGAAUCUGAGGAAGAGAGAACUCGAUGCAAAGGAGUGGGAAAGUGAUGGGGAAGACCAAUCCCGAAAGCGACAUAGGCCUCAAGGUUCUGUUUCUCCUCGAGGCAGACCUCCAUCCGACGAUGAAGUGCUCAAUAUUGAGAUCGAGGAGGACGAAGAGGCGCGCAAGGAACGAGAACGAUUAGAGGAUUUGAAGUCCCGUGACGAGUUUGCCGAACGCGUUCGUAUGCGUGACCUUGAGAAGACGAAGAAAAUGGUCGAGGAUCGAUCCUCUCGUGCAGCUGGCCCCGGUGCUACAGACGCCGCCCUUCGCAGGCAGCUCGCGGACGACUCCGAAGCUCGACAUCAGGCUUUACCCUCUCUGCGAUUACAUUCUCGUCAGGAAUACCUCACCAAGCGUGAGAUCCAGCAAAUCGAGUUGCUUCGUAGGGAGAUCGCAGAUGAUGAGGCUCUUUUCGUCGGGAUGAAAGUCUCGAAACGAGAAAGGCGAGAACUCGAGCGGAAGAAAGAGCUUCUGAAGCUGGUCGAGGAGCGCCUUAAAAUCAACGACAAGUGGGAAGGGUAUCAGUUGCCUGACGAUUAUUUCACUGAACAGGGGAAGAUCGACAAGAAGAAGAAAGAGAAUGUGUUGUACCAGCGCUACGAGGAAGCGAAGCCCAAGGAUGAUCAGUUCGUUACGGACGUCGAUCAAUGGGAGGCAAGUCAAACACGACACAGCACCUUUAAAACGGGUGCCUUGGACAAACCCGAGUUCGUGGAUCAAUAUGAGUAUGUGUUCGACGAGAGCCAGACUAUCAAAUUUGUCAUGGACCAGGCAAUGAAGGGAGAAGGUAUGCUGAGUGCUAAAGACAAGAUCUUGCAACAACAGAUCGAAGAAGCCGAGACGAGAGCCAAGGGCAUUGAGGAAACCCGCAAGUCGCUACCUAUAUAUACCUACCGCAAGCAGCUUCUGGAAGCCAUCAAGGAGCACCAGGUAUUGAUUGUCGUAGCUGAGACAGGUUCCGGGAAGACGACACAACUUCCUCAAUACCUUCAUGAAUCGGGCUAUACGGCUGGGGGCAUGAAAGUUGGUUGCACCCAACCACGGCGGGUGGCAGCCAUGUCCGUUGCCGCUCGCGUUGCAGAAGAAAUGGGGACCAAGGUCGGUUACGAGGUUGGAUACUCGAUUCGGUUCGAGGACUGCACGAGUGACAAGACUGUACUCAAGUACAUGACCGACGGAAUGCUAUUAAGAGAGUUCCUUACGGAGCCAGAUCUCGCAUCUUACUCGGCGUUGAUCAUCGACGAGGCACACGAACGCACACUCAGUACGGAUAUUUUGUUUGCUCUCGUUAAGGUGUGUUACCCAUCGUCGUUUGAUAUCGCAAGGUUUCGACCAGAGCUAAGGCUACUUAUUUCGAGUGCCACGAUGGAUGCGGAGAAGUUUAGUGAAUAUUUCGAUAAUGCACCUGUGUUUUAUGUUCCGGGUCGGCGAUACCCCGUUGAUAUCCACUACACACCUCAGCCGGAGGCCAACUAUCUUCACGCGGCUAUAACGACUGUCUUCCAAAUCCACACAACCCAGCCCAAAGGCGAUAUCCUCGUCUUUUUGACUGGCCAAGAUGAAAUCGAAGCAGCUCACGAGAGCCUUCAGGAAACUGCCCGUACUCUAGGAAACAAGAUCGCGGAGCUCAUAAUCUGUCCAAUCUAUGCCAACUUACCGUCAGAUAUGCAGGCGAAGAUUUUUGAACCGACGCCCCCCGGAGCACGCAAAGUGGUUUUAGCAACGAACAUCGCGGAAACUAGUAUAACUAUAGAUGGUGUUGUGUUCGUCAUCGAUCCUGGCUUCGUGAAGCAGAAUGCUUACAAUCCGAGAACGGGUAUGAGUUCCUUGGUGGUCGUUCCUUGCUCACGGGCUUCGGCGAAUCAGCGUGCGGGUCGUGCGGGACGGGUAGGUCCCGGAAAAGCUUUCCGGCUCUAUACAAAAUGGGCAUAUGCGAAUGAACUCGAGGAGAACACUGUCCCUGAAAUUCAGCGCACAAACCUCGGGAUGACCGUUCUUGUCUUGAAGUCUCUUGGGAUCAACAAUUUCAUGGAGUUUGAAUUCAUGGACCCACCGCCCGGGGAAACGCUGAUCCGUGCGCUCGAAUUGCUAUACGCGCUUGGUGCCCUGAAUGACCGGGGUGAAAUGACGAAACUUGGCCGAAGGAUGGCGGAAUUCCCUGUUGAUCCGAUGCUUAGCAAGGCCAUCAUCGAGAGCGAGAAAUAUGUGUGCACAGACGAGGUACUAACUAUCAUAGCUAUGCUUUCGGAAUCGUCCUCGCUGUUCUAUCGACCAAAGGACAAGAAGUUGCACGCCGAUCAGGCUCGACAAAACUUCGUUCGUGCAGGCGGCGACCAUUUCACACUCUUGAACAUUUGGGAACAAUGGGCGGAUACCAAUUAUUCCCAGCAAUUCUGUUACGAACAGUUCCUUCAGUACAAGAGCCUUAAUCGCGCUCGGGAUAUUCGAGAUCAGCUUGCGGGCCUGUGUGAACGUGUGGAAGUCAUCAUAAGGAGCAACCCGAACGCCAAUGAUAACACGCCCAUUCAAAAGGCGAUCACCGCAGGAUACUUUUACAAUACGGCUGCUUUACAAAAGAGCGGGGACUCGUACAGGACACUCAAGACUAACCAUACUGUAUACAUCCAUCCAUCAUCAAGCUUGUUCCAACACCAGCCCCCGGUGAGAGCGGUUCUAUACUACGAGCUAGUGAUGACAUCCAAGUCGUAUAUGAGACAAGUGAUGGAGAUCAAGCCAGCUUGGUUGAUGGAAGUUGCUCCGCACUAUUUUAAAGCGGCGGACGUGGAGCAACUUGCAACGGGACAAAAGAAAAUGCCAAACGCCAAAGCUAACGCGUCAUCGGGCACGACUUCAUAG